AGCUGCUAGCUUUUCAGAGCCUGGCCAUGGAGAGGCAGCCAGAGGCCCGGAAGGCUCGGACCGUGCGCUCCUCCUCGCUCCCUGCCUCCCCGUCUUCGUCCAUGUCUCAGUACGCCCCCGGCUCGGGCCUCGUCAAGGGGGCUCUGGACGGCAGCAGUCCCGAGGCUAACACCGAGGAUGACAAGACGGAGGAGGACCUGCCCACGCCUAGGAACUACCUGUGGCUCACCAUCAUCUCGUGUUUUUGCCCCGCGUACCCCAUCAACAUCGUGGCCCUGGUCUUCUCCAUCAUGUCUCUGAACAGCUACAACGAUGGAGACUAUGAAGGAGCCAGGAGGCUGGGGCGGAACGCAAAGUGGGUGGCCAUUGCCUCCAUCAUCAUCGGCCUCAUCAUCAUCGCCAUCUCCUGCGUAGUGCACUUCACCAGGAACUCCUGAAGAGCCAGCAGGCUACUGCAAACAUUGGAGGACAGUCUCCAUCCACACACACCCCAAAGAAGUUUCUGACGAAUGGAUCCGUUGACUUGAGACUGUGAGAUCUUUUCCUCCAGGACUCUCCAGAGGCAGGUCCCUGGCAAAUGAAGCAGCAGCAACAACAGAGAGUCCAAAAUUUAGGGAAUUUAAGCAGCACAGCCCAUCAGCCGACGUCACUGGACCAUCGUGAUAGAAGAAGGCUCGCUGUCUCCGCUGAGCGAGGUUCUGCAUCCAUUCCUCUUCUCCAGAGACAAACUCUAGAUACAGCAUGACUCUUCGUGGGGCUAGAGGUCAGGGUCUAGGGAAGCCAUGGAUGCCGCUGUUUACAGUGUCACAUUCAAACCUCUGCACCAUGGUUAGAGUUGUACAAUGCAGUUGAAUCAUGGGUGUUGUCUUCUCUUUCAUUUUUUUUUUUCAUGUAGGUGCAUUUCAAUCUUCGGUAACCCCCCUAGUCCCACCUUCUAUCAGCACCUGCAGAGUUCACCAAAGACUGGAAGGCUUUCUGGGCUUUUGUGUUGAUCCCCGUUUUCUUCCAUGAGCCUCCUUUUCUUGCUUGCUCUGCACUCAAACAGAGUGAGGACAUGCGUUGGGGGCUGAUCGCACAGCUUCUCCAGCCCAAAUCUGGGAAGACGCCAGCUGUGUUGAUGGAAUGUGCUUGCUUGCUUUCUUGUUUUUUCAAGUCUCAGGUUAGAAUUUUUACUUUCCUGGAUGCCACAUGGAAAGACCAUUUCCUUAUAGCUAUGCCUACUUAGGAGCAAAUGUCCUGGCUUUGUGACACCAUUCAUCUGCCAGCCACAAGGUCCCAAUGCAUGGUUCUGCAUAGCCUGGAUGGCUAGAGAAUUCUAAGCAGUUCAUAGGCACAGUGUUAAGUCAUAAUGAGUCACCAAGAAUGCUUUCCUCUUUUGACUCUUUUUCCCAUUGUGAUGACAGCAAGGAGAAUGCCUCUGUUUAGAACUUCAAGGACCAGUAGGUCCUUCCUGCCUUACCAUGGCUCUUCCCAUUUUAAUGAAGAAGGAACAGCCGAGUGUGUGGUGGUCUAUCUAGACAGGAUUCAGUGGUGUGUUUUGUUUUCAUGGUGUUAUCUUACUUAUGACAUUCUACUCAUGGCUUUCCACAAAUAGAUGCUCUCUGUCAUUUCUGUUCAAAUGAUUUUCCAAGUGGACUUAGAGACAAAUACCAAGUUGUGAGUGUAAUGAGUGAUAUGCAUAUAUACAUACGGUGAAGAAGACUUCGCCAACUCAUGUUAGAAACCUAGUGCUAAGGAACUCUCAUAAGUGAGAGAGGCGGCUGCUUAUUCACACUGAACAAAUAAGAGGCUAAGUCAAAAAUACCUGUUUUGAUGCCCUCCUCUUUUUCACCAUUUACUAGCUAUGCAAAUUGAUUUUAGGCAAGUUUCUUAGCUUCUUUGUGCCUGUGGAAAAUGGAGAUAAGAAUGUCUGCCUACGCACCUCACACUGUUAGGAAAAUUAAUUGCCAUAAUGGAUGUGCCCCAUGGGGAAAUUCUAAGUGCUAUUCAAACACAACGCAUGGUUCUUCGAUGAUUGUGACUCCCGGGCAAUUGUGAAAAUACUGGACCUUCGCCAAAAAUAAAUAAAUAAAAGUUGAUGGACACCAGACUGAACCUGUCAUUUCCCCAGACAUCUGCCAUGAACCAGCACGUACCAGGAGGCCCCUGGUCAGGGACACAGGCCUUCGGCACCCAGGGAUCCUGGUGCCAUCCCAGUCUGCUGGGACUUCUGACUUCUGCCUCUGCCAUCUUCUUGUCUCUCCCUGUGUAUCUGGCCCCUCAAAUCAAGUGAAUCGUGUUGCCGAGAGGCAGAAUAAAAAUGGUU